AUGGGACAAUCAUUAUUAGAAAUUGAAAAUAAUCAAAUUCGAUAUAAUCAUCUAACAACAGGUAUACUGAGUCUUGAUGAAACGUUCAUAAACUCCCAUUUAGGUAUCAGGAAUAAAAUUUAUGAUUUCCAAGCGGCUGCAGGAUGUUCUUUUCAAUAUACUAUCUGUGUAUCAUUAUUAAUAUCUCAUAUUUCAAAAUCAAAUCAUCAUAGAAUUAUCAUCAUCGAUACGUUGUCGAAGUUCCCCUGGCAUUUAAUCACUAAUCAUCCUCAAUAUGAUCCUCAAUGGAUAGAUAAAGGUCAGAUAAUAGGGUAUACAUGUGAUACAUUUUCAAAACUAUUGGCAAUAUUUGCAUUAGGAAAAUUAGAUUCUGAUAUAAAGAAAGAUUCAACUAUUAUCAUCAUCAAUGAUUUUCAUGAAACUAUCGAUAUCUAUAAAUAUGAACUAUCCGCCAUAUAUGAAGAAUAUGUCUUAAAGAAUCAUCUUGAAGCUUAUGAAACUGUCUUAACUAAUCAAGACCAAUUUGAACUGGUGGGGACUAAAACUUCCAUAAUUGAUAUUCCAUCUCAAUCAGAUUUAUUAACUACUAGUGCCAUAAGUAAAUUUGAAUCUCAUCUAUUCAGUUUAUUAAAUAUAAUAUCGAUUUUAUGUUUCCGGUCGGGUCUGAUAUGUCUAUUGUUAGGUCAUUUGGAUUCAAAAUAUGAAAAUUAUAGUUCAAACAAUCAUUCCACUUCAUUCCUGUCUACAUCAUCACAAUCAUUCACUCGAUCUCAAAGUGUUCCAUUACCCAAUGUAUCAUUCAAUUCAAAUAGUGGUGGUUCUAGUAGUGGUAGACUUGUACUUGCGCCAUUCAUGAGUAAUACCACGACCCACAAACGAAAUGCUAAAUCGUUCGAUUCAUUCAUCACAGCAAGACUUGUUUUCUAUAAGGAUUGGUAUCAUAAGACUGAUGAUUUCCAUUUAAACCAUCCUAAUAUAUCAGAAGUGGAUCAUAUCACAUUAAAACAAUUGGAUGUACGGUUUGUGAAUGCCGUGAAAGUUACUCAUAUACAUAGUGGUGAUAAAUCAUCUCCCAUUAUUCAUUUCGAUUAUGAUAAUAUCUACUAUCAUUUGGAUGAUGAUAAUUCCGAUGAAUAUGAAGAGUCAUAUGGAGUUUCAUUCAAAUUAAUUGAUUUAUCAAAGAAGACUGGAGAUGAGUAUAAAGAUAAGAAUCGACUUGAACUCGAGAAAUUCAAAUUAAGAUCAACUUCAACAUCAACAUCAACGCCUACACCGUCAUCUAGAUUACCUUCAUCUCAAAUAUCAAGAAUCCCAAGUAUAAGAACCAGUUCAAUGAUUCCUUCUUCACCAAAUAUAUCAAAUAUUCAAAAUCUGACCAUAUCCACCAGUCCCAUCGAUAAUCAAAUCCAAAUCUUGGGAAAUAACACCACAUCCAUCCCAGAUGAUGACCUGUUUGUUGAAGAAUCAGAUAAUGAAGUCCUUGGAUCGGUAUUAUUACCUAUUAAUGGUAUAUAG